ACAGCAGGAAGGGAGGGAGGGAGGGAGCUGGGGGGACAACCCCCCACCAUUCCUACCGCUAUGGGCCCAGCCUCCCAAUCUCACCUCCCCUCCACCGGCCGGGGCUAGGACACCCCCAAGUCCUGUCGCCCCUGGGCACCGACACCCCGACCGAGGCGGAGACACAGCCACCCGCCACCACCGCUGCUGCAGCCUGGCUGGGGAGGGGGCCAGACCCCCAGGCCCCCCACCCCAUUGAGGUGGCCAGAAUGGAGCUGUGGCCAGGGGCAUGGACGGUGUUGAUGCUGCUCUUCCUGCUGCUGCUCUUCCUGCUGCCCACUCUGUGGUUCUGCAGCCCCAGUGCCAAGUACUUCUUCAAAAUGGCCUUCUACAAUGGCUGGAUCCUCUUCCUGGCUGUGCUCGCCAUCCCUGUGUGUGCUGUGCGAGGACGCAACGUCGAGAACAUGAAAAUCUUGCGCCUGAUGCUUCUCCACGUCAAGUACCUAUAUGGGAUCCGAGUGGAGGUGCGAGGGGCUCACCACUUCCCUCCGUCCCAGCCCUAUGUUGUCGUCUCCAAUCAUCAGAGCUCCCUCGAUCUGCUCGGAAUGAUGGAGGUUCUGCCAGGCCGCUGUGUGCCCAUUGCCAAGCGUGAGCUCCUGUGGGCUGGCUCUGCCGGACUGGCCUGCUGGCUGGCAGGAGUCAUCUUUAUCGACCGGAAACGCACUGGAGAUGCCAUCAGUGUCAUGUCUGAGGUCGCCCAGACCUUGCUUACCCAGGAUGUGCGGGUCUGGGUUUUCCCUGAAGGCACGAGAAACCACAAUGGCUCCAUGCUGCCCUUCAAACGGGGCGCCUUCCACCUCGCGGUGCAGGCCCAGGUUCCCAUUGUUCCCAUAGUCAUGUCCUCCUAUCGAGACUUCUACUGUAAGAAGGAGCGCCGGUUCACUUCUGGGCGAUGUCAAGUGCGGGUGCUGCCUCCAGUGCCCACAGAAGGAUUGACACCAGAGGACGUCCCCGAGCUGGCUGACACAGUUCGACACUCCAUGCUCACCAUUUUCCGGGAAAUCUCCACGGAUGGCAGGGGUGGUGGUGACUAUGUGAAGAAGCCUGGAGGGGUGGGCGAGGCCCGGCUCUGAGCUUCCCUCUCAUCUCCCCCCCACCCCCACCCCUCAUUCCUCCUAGCCCAAAGUGGGCCCUGCCACAGGGCCGAGCCCUUUUCCUCGUUUUCCCCUCUCCCCACUUGUUCUCCUCUUUGGAAUCUUCAACUUCUGAAGUGAAUGUGGAUACAGCACCGCACCCUGCCCCUUCCCGGCUCCCUCAGACUCUCUUGCCUCGGUGCAGUCUACACUUUGACCCACACCCACCUCCUGUGCCAUUUUGUCUGUGGGACAGUUGCCUCCCCGCUAGCCAGUGGCUCAGCCUACACAGGUGGGGGCACUCCAGCCUGUCCUCAGUGGACCUCUUCCUUUGUGAUCUCUUCCUCCACCCCCCCCAUUGGCUAGUGGACUCAUCCAUUCUCUGGAACAGUUCCCCACCACUGCCCCCACAUCCAUGGAUUCCGUGGACUCUUCUGUGUGUGAGGCGGUCUCCUCACGCUGUGGCUGGAAGCUGACGCCUGGGACACACCCCCCAGGCUCAUCUCGGGAACAUUCCUCAGCACCUUCACCCUCCUAUGGAGCCUCCCGUCGGCGGAGUCUGGACUUGGACUCCAAGGUCUCAUGCCUGCCUGUGCCGAGGAUCGAGGACACUCCUGGUUGCCAGUUUCGGUCUCCACAUUUCAGCCUCCCCCUGUCCCCAUGGUACAAUUCUUCAGUGGUUCAGGCCCCCCCAGCCCCCUGCAGCCUUGCCGUACCAUUCUAAACAGACACCAGGGGAAGAGGCAGACAUCAGCUACUGCUCUCACUUUGCUCUUGGGGAGCUGGGGAAAGGAACUGAGCCCUGGCUGAAGGGGACAGGAGGGCUUUUAAUUUAUUUCUCUUUCUUUUGAGGCUUCCCUCUCUGAGCCAGUUUUCAUUUCCUUCUGUGGCAUUAACCACUCCCUGCCUCCUACCCCAGACCUGUGCCCACAGCCAAGGAGGUGGGCUGGGAGCAAAAGGAGAGAGUGGGACCUGGUUUUGCGUGGUUGAAUUUUAUUAAUUAUUGGAUAACAGCAAAAAAGAAUAAAGACAGAGAGAGAGAGAGAGA